UAGAUGAGAUAUAUAUAUAUAUAUAUAUAUACAUAUAUGAGUCAAAAAUUUUUUAGUGUGUGAGUUCAGUAAACGUUUUUUUAUCGCAAGUGUCCGCACGUGCUUUUUAAAAUUAUAAGUCAUUAAUUUUUAAAAAAGAAACAAAUUAUGAAAGAGAUAAUGGAAAGAGAUCGGGACAUGAUGUUCCCGGAAGAAAUAUGGGAGGAAAUAUUUAAAAGAAUAGACGACGUUGAUGAUUUGAUAAAACUUCAAUCUGUUUGUUUGAAUUUUAAUAAAUGGAUCCAAAGAAUAUUGGAUCGUGAUAUUUACUGGAAGAAAUACUGUCAGGAUAUUCCAGACGAGUGUGGGUACGCGAUUUUAAAUAAAGUAUUCCCGGAUUUAGUGCACAAAGUUGAUGUUCCUUGGCAAGAUGUCGUUGAUAAUUACGGGUGGCGUAAAAUUUACAUGUCUCGGAAGAAAUGGAACUCGUGUUUGAAACGCAAACCGUUUAUCGAUUCUGUUAAAAAUUUUCCCACAUUUUCAAAAUACGAAUGCAUCACAUGCACAGCUGUCUGGGAUGAUAUUUUGGCUGUGGCUACCAGCGAAGGACUGAUAUAUUUUUCCAGAACUUAUAAACCAGAUAAAGUUUUUUUUCAAGCCGAUCACAAAGAACACGUUCAUCAAAUUAAAUUCUGGUAUACUGAUAAUCAAUUGAUUGCUGUUACAUCCUCGAUAUAUGAAAGAAUAAAGUACUGGAAUGUGACAGAAAAAAAAGAAAUAGACACUAAUAAUUGUUACAGAGGUACUAUUAUCAGCAUCAACCAAAAUGGCUGUUACUUGGCGUACAAUAAUUAUUUAAUACUGACAAAGUAUUCCGAUGCGAAUGAAUCAAUAAUUCCUCAUGUAAUAGCUUCGAGUGAUUUUGAUGAUAAUGAAGAUAUUAUUGCAACUUAUUCUCCAAAUAAAUUUAUCAUAAUGUUGACGAUAAAUAAUUCCGUUAUUGGUAGACAUGUAGUGUACACUCCAACGAACAAAUACGAAGUUGAUGAUUUAAACAUUUCGUUGAACUUAGACCUGGAGAAUAAAGUCACGCAAAAGUUUUAUGUACUAUCCAUUGAUGUUGUGAUUGGUUUAUGUGGACACAUGCUGGCUGUCAGUGUCGAUGAUAAACCUUGGAAAGUUUACAACAUUUUUAAACAGCUGCUAUGCGUUGUUACUGCGAUUGCGUGCCAUGCCAAUAUUUUAAUUUUGGGCUACGAUUCAGGAUUUAUUCAUAUAUUUCGUCUUAAAAAUCUUAAAGAUCUAAUAGACUUUGAUUUUACAACCGAGGAUUGUAAGAAAAUAAAAGUUGAUCGUGACCCCAUAAUUUCAUUGGAGGUCACUGACAUUCAAGAUGAACAAUUCGUUAUCGCUAGUACUGAUAAAAACCUCCACGUUAUUAGAUUUUUUAAUUCAACUGCCAAUUAACUGAUUCUUCCAAAAAUUUAUAGUUUAAUUUUAUUUAAUUUUAAUCAGUACUACCAAAGCAUGAUAAUUUAUUUUUUUUUCUUAAUUACAAUUUUAAUCUUCGAAUUUUAGUCGAUUAAUAUUAGCAAUAAAUUAAAUUGAUUAAUUAUCAAUUAUUUUAUUAAUAAAUUUCUAAGUGAUUUAAAAUAUCA